AUGUUCGUGCUGGAGUGGGCAUAUUUCGGAAAAGACUACGUUCGCUGUGUCGUGCCGAUUGCCACGUCUAGCCGACACAGCGCCUGGGGCAUUAGUUGGGGAGAGGCUCAACGCCAGAGCAUCUACGCCGACCCAAAGUAUGAUGACGGCUAUUACCCGUUUGACGAUCCGCCUGUGACCGGGCUAGGUGCGGCUCGGAUGUCUGCCCUACUCACCUACCGCAGCCGCAACUCGUUCGAAUCCCGGUUUGGCCGGAACAUUCCCGACCCUUCAAAGGUUCAGACGAUUCGAGAACGGCCGCGUCCCAGCACCCCGUCGGAAGCUCAUUUCCACAUUCACAACGACGGCCACAACGUCAAGCGCACAUCAGUCUCACGCAAGAAUAGCCACACCGGGUCCGGAACCAGCAGCCCGGGCUCGCGAUCGGCCGAAAAUGCUGACCCGCAGUUCCACGGCCCUGGAAAUGACCAAGAAGAAGAGAGUCUGACUGGAGGAGACAGGAUGCCCACGUCGACGUACUUUUCGGCGCAGUCGUAUCUGCGCUACCAGGGGAAGAAGUUCGUCAAGCGCUUCGACAGCAACUGCUACAUUGCCAUGACGCGGAAGCUCGACACGCACGAUGUGUCUAGGGACCGGGCGGCAACAAUCGCCGAGGCGCUGGCGCUAAUCGAACAGCCAUUGCUUGUACUUGGCAUUGAGAGCGACGGGCUGUUCACGUUUGCCGAGCAGGAAGAGAUUGCGCAGCACGUAAAGAAUGCACGACUCGAGCGGAUCGACAGCUCCGAGGGGCAUGACGCCUUCCUGCUGCAGUUUGAGCAGGUGAACCGUUACGUGCUGGGAUUCCUCAAGGAGAUUCUACCUGAUAUCAUGUCGGUCGAGGGUGGCGCCCUAGAGGAAGUCGGCGUGGGCCAGCUGACCAAGUCGAGCACGUUCGGCGAAGCUGAGGUGGAUGAUAUUACUGCAUGGUAA